AUGGGGCAGCCGUCAUGGAUGCCCGCCUCUGUUAUCGUGCUCAGUCUGCUGGCGGCGCUGUUGUUGAUUUAUUUUGUAGUGGGAACUAUCGUGCGGUACCACAAGGGCAUACGUCACUGUCCGGAGGUGCUACCAAACUACCGUUGCUGGUGCGGUAUUGUGCAGGGCUUCUUAGUGGUCAUUACAUGCGGUCGCUAUAAGCCGCGUUUCCCUCUUCGUGCGGAUGCGUGUAGCCACGGCGGCAGGGGUGGGGCCGGGCACAACUCCAUCCUGCCUAGCCGACCGCAGCGGGCCCGCCACCUCGCGUUUGAGGCGCUGCAGAGCGACGGUGACGACGACUACGUCUGGGAGGCGGGGCUCGCCACGCAUCCCCCGGCCGCGGUGACGGUUCACUCCUCCACCAAGGGCGGUGAGGCCAACGCCGCAUGA